AUGGUCAAGGAUUUAUGUUUUGAUGGGAGAAAAAAGAGGGAUCCUCAUGAGCAUCUCGACAAGUUUGAGAUGAUUUGCAACUUGUUCAACUACGGGGAGAACCAAGCUAACAAUGUCAAGAUGAAGCUUUUUCCUAUGUCUCUAGCGGGGGAAGCUCAUAAAUGGUUAAAAGGGUUAGCACCAAAUAGCUUGACCACAUGGGAGGCGGUUAGAGAAGCUUUGAUUGAAAGGUUCUUUCUGGCAAAUCGGGAAAGAGAACUUAGGCUUAUAAUCCGUUCUUUUAGGCAAGAUGAGGACGAGUCCAUUGUUGAAGCUUGGUUAAGAAUGAAAGAUCUUUUGUGGGAAUGCCCCGGGCAUGGGGUAAGUGAUACUGAGAUUGUUGGCAUAUUCUUGGAUGGAAUGAAUAUGGAAAGUUAUGAGAAGAUGGUCAUGACUUGUGGGGGUAGUACUACUUACAAGACUUCUAGUGAGAUUUGGAAGAUGUUUGAGGAUAUGGCUAAGGCUCAAGUUUCGAGGUCCCCUAGUAGGGAUCGUAGGGAUAGAAGGACACGUAGAGUAGUAGCCCGGGUUUAUGGGGGAGAGACAUCCGAGGUAGUUAGCGAGAUCAGAGCGCUCUCAAGGCACAUGGAUGAGAGGUUUUCGAUGGUGGAAAACAAUUUCGGAGGAUUAGAGCGUGAUGUUAAGAUCAUGGCCGGGGGAUGUGUUCAUUGUGGUGGACCACAUGAUGCUGAUGAAUGUGAUCAAAUGGUUAGGGAAGACGUGAAUUAUGUGCACAACCAAAGAUCCGGUCAAUAUCAACCGCUUUUCCAAUGUGGUGGCAAUUACCAAGGCCGUCACCAAGGUAACUCUUCAAACUCUUCUAAUUCUUUUUCUAACAAUCGUGGUGGCAACUUUCAAAAUAGGUGGCAAAAGGAUGACAACCAGGGACCGCCUCAACAACAACAACCACCAUCACCUCCAAAGCAAGAUGACAAUGGGGAGGAAGGUUCGCCCCUCAUGGCCAUGAUGGCCAAGUUCUUGGAUAAGCAAGAAAAAAGGGAGAAGGCUCAAGAGAAGCGGAAUGCUUCAAUGGAGAACUAUUCGAAGCUUUUGAAUGAUAAGAUUGGGGGUUUGCAUGUAAAGAUCGAUGAGAGCAACCGGAACAACCAUGCCUUGAUAUCUAAUUUGGAAAAGAGGUUGGAUAGGAUGGGGAACUCUAAAAGGCAGCCGGGUACACUUCCAAGUGACACCCAACAAAACCCAAAUCAAAGCCAAGGAGGGUCGUGGAGAAGUGGGGAUGACAAGUACAAAGGACCCCAACACCGAAAUGAGACCGUAAAUGCAAUAACAACACGGUCCGGUAAGGUAACCACUCCUCCUAAAGUUAACUCUUUUGUUUCUAAUGCUUCUCCUAGUGCAGAAAAUUUCGAUGAAGAAUUUGAUGAUGAAGUGGAGAUGGAGUCACCACCGGGUGUGACAACUUCGGUUCCUAAAGCUACACCAAUCAAGGAACCCGAAGUCAAGCCAUACAAGCCCAAGGUUCCAUUUCCUCAAUGCUUGAGGAAGGAAAAGCUUCAAGACCAAUACAACAAGUUCUUUGAUAUGAUCAAGACGGUGACAAUCAAUGUCCCACUAGUUGACCUCAUUUCGGGCAUGCCUAACUAUGCCAAAUUCAUCAAGGAGCUAGUAACGGACAAGAAGAAGCUAGAUGAAGCAAAAGCAACCUUUAUGAAUGAAGAAUGCUCGGCGGUAAUUAAAAACAAGCUUCCACCAAAGCUUGCCGAUCCAGGGAGUUUUCUCAUUGCUUGUUCUUUUGGUACUAAAUUAUCUUGUAAAGCUUUAGCCGAUCUUGGGGCUAGCAUCAACUUGAUGCCAUAUUCAGUUUUUACAAAGCUUUCGUUAGGGCGAUUAAGGCCCACUAAGAUGAGCAUCCACCUUGCGGAUCAUUCCUUCCAAUACCCGAUGGGGGUGGCUGAAAACUUGCAAGUGCAAGUGGGCCAAUUUGUUUUUCUUGUGGAUUUUGUAAUUUUAGAGAUGGAAGAGGACACCAAGGUGCCCCUCAUUUUGGGCCGACCAUUCUUGUACACCGCGGAUGCUAUCAUUCGGGUGAAGGACAAGGAAAUUUCCUUGGGUGUCGGGGAUGAUAGAAUAGUGUUUAAAAUUAAAAAAGCUUUGAAACAUUCUUAUUCCUCUGAUGAUACUUGUUUUAAGAUUGAUGUGAUAGAUGAUGCGGUCGAAGUUGAGAUGUUGGAGCUCGUAGGUAUUGAAGAUGGCACAAGAGAUGAACGAUGGGCUAGCAUUGGUGAAGCGGAUGUUGCUAGUGACCAAGUGGAAGAGAUUGCGGAGAUCUUGGCUAUUAGCAUGGAUGAAACUCCAUUGGAUGAUGAGGAGUUUGAAGAAAUUGAGGCAAUCCCGAGUGGUAAGCUACCUACUUCGCUUGAUAAUCCUCCAACGGAUUUGGAACUCAAGCCAUUGCCCGAUCAUCUAGAAUAUGCUUACUUGGAGGGUACAUCUCUACUCCCCGUUGUUAUUUCCUCAUCACUUUCGGGUGAGGAAAAGACCAAACUCAUGACCAUUCUAAAGGCCCAUAAAAAGGCCUUUGCUUGGAAGACUUCCGAUAUACCCGGAAUUAGUCCCCGAUUUUUGCAAACACAAGAUAAAUUUGUUUGA